UCCUUUUCUCACUCUAAAAAAAAAACUUCUUCUAUUAUCUCAGAAAUAAUUGCUGCUCGAUAAUUGUUAUCAGAAGCUGAAUCCUACUGGAACAAUCUGUACUCUGCUAAGACGAAUUCAUGGAAGAUGAAAUGGCUUCUCUGUUUGAAGGUAUGAUCCUCUUCAAUCCUUCUGAAAUUUCAGAUAAUAAUAAUAAUAAUGAUACAGACAAUAGUAGUAAAAACGAUCGUGAAUCGAAUCCAGUUGUUGCUAUACCUCAUGUAUCUUCAUCAUCAUCAUUAGCAACAACUUCAUCAGAACCAGUAACAGAAGAAUUAACAAUUUCAUCAUCUCAACCAUUAGAUGAAAACCUUUUCUCUGAUCUUACUCUUGUCACUCCAAUUGAAGACCUAACCUCAAAUCUCCAAUCUGAUUCUCCUUCCACAUCUGCUACUGCUACUUCUACUUCUUUAUCAGCUAAGAUUCCAUCAAUAUCUAGACAGAUUUCUAGAAAGAAAAAGAAAUCAGCUAUUAAGAUUGGAUACGGCAGAGAUUCGUAUAUUCAAGAUGAGCCAUCUCUUUCUUCUCCAAUUGAACCUUCUAAUUCUUCAAUUUCAAUUCAAAAUUCAGAGGCGAAUACCCUUUUGAGAACAGAAUCAGAAAAAUCUCAUCUUUCGACUCAAUCAGAGUCAGAACCUCAAAAUUCAUCAAUUGAGGUUGAGAUUCAAGAAGAAAGAGUCUUGAGCGAUAGGGAUUGUGCAAAUAGUGUGGAGGCUGAAACUAAGCCUGAUCUUGUUCCUGUGCCGGAGACUACUAGAAUCAGUGAUCCUGAGACCAACUGUGAUUCCAUUGAAGAUAAAUUGAUGUCAAUAAAAAAUCAAAUUAGAGAAAAGAUUGAUAAUAUUAGGGUUAUGGUGGACUCUGCCUCUGUAAAGAGAAAGGAGUCAUCGAGAAAACGAAGAAAAGCAGCCGAAAAAGUGAGUUUGUUAUCUAUCAAGUAUAUGGAGUUGGAAAAAGAACUGGAAGAGGCUUGUGAAACUGAAGAUUUUGAGAGAGCGGAAAGAGUGAGUGAGAGCGCGGCGGUAGUGGAAAAGGAGAAGGAAGGAUUUAUGAAUGCAUUGAGAGAUGCUGAGGCAGAAUGUGAUGCUGAUGAUUUGAAGAUGCAAAUGGUUUUGGAGAUGCAAAUUGCAGCUGAAGAAGAAGGUGUACAGUUGUUGGAACAAUUCGCUAAGGAAGCUUCUGACAAUGCAGAUUUGAUAUUGAAGAAUGCACAAGUAUUUUCCUCAAAAGAAAUGGCCCACUGGCAAUCAUCUGUAGAAAACUUAGAGAUAAGAAAGAUGGAGUUAGAAAUUGAAACUGACUUAAUAAAUGAUGCACGUACGGGAUUGGAUAAAUCCAUUGAUCUCUCAGUUCAAGAUGACAAGAGAGAGAAGGAACUUCUUUGUAAGAAGCGAGAUGACUUGAAAGAGGACUUGGAGAAACUGCUUCUUUUGGUUAGACAAAAGGAAGCAGAGAUUGCAGAAAAUGAUUUAAAUAUCCAGGAAGUUGAGAAAAGGAUCGAUAACGGGUUGUCUGGGUUUCACGAAGCACAAACUAGCGUUGAUAUGAAAUUCCAUGACAUGAAGUCCGCUCUUUCUGUAAUGGAGAAAGAAAAUGAAGCCUUAUGCAUUAAGAAGAAAGAAGUUGAUGACUUCGUUGCUCAAGAGGAAAUUAAAGGGGCAAAAAUCAGAGAAUUGACCAGUGUUUCCAUUGCUGAAGCAACAGCAUGCAAAGAGCUCGUUGCUCUAAGAAAAUCUCUGGCAUUACCUAUUUUGAGGUCCAGGGAAGAUAAAGUUAGACUUGCCAAGACUGAAGAGAAAAUUUUGGAGGACGUCCAAAUGCUUAGGCAAGAGGUCUCAGCUGCAAGAACUUCUCUUCAGGAGCUUUCUUCGGCAAGAUCCAAUAUCCAGCAAGAAAUUACUGCUUUCAAGCAAAGGGUUCUUUUCAUUGACAAAAGAAGUCCAGAAUUGGAAGCAGAAAAGAAGGUUGCUGCUGCUGCCAGGAAUUUCAAGGAAGCAGGAAGAAUAGCUGCAGAGGCAAAAACCCUCAGUAUCGAAAUGGAAGGUGUGCAGAUAAAGUUAGAAGCAUCCAUAUCAGAGCUUGAGAAAAUCGAAGAAGAUAUCAAAAACACUGUUGCAAGACUUCAUGAGUCGGAGGAGCUGAUUUUAUGCAAGGAAAAAGAGGCAGCAUUGGCUGGGUGUGAGAGGCUACAUUUAGUUGCUGCUGCAGCAAUUGCUGAAAGAUCAGCUGCUCUUGAAUUCGGUGACUCUGAAGAAGCAAAUGCCUUGCUUUCAGAGAUUGAAACUGCUAAAUCUCAGGCAGCAAAGCUUCAAGAAGCUUAUGGUCUUGAAGAGAAGUUUGCAAAUUCAGAAAAUCACUUGAUCUCGAUGGAACUCAUAGCGAAUCUUGGAAGUGAUCAGUUAUCUAAAAUGGUUUCUUCUGUUUCUGUCACUACAACAUGAGGGUAACCCGAUAAUAACAAUAUUGGACAUUCUUCAAAGAAACGCAGAGUAACCCUUACCUUACUGCUUGUUUUAAAUACUUUUAGGGGGUCAAGUCAAAGUAGACGUAAGAAGGAGAACGCAUCCAUAUAUGUGCAUUACCAAUCUACAUUCACUCCUCAGACUUCGUCUGGUUUAGGUACCCAUAAUUGGAGCAAACGUCUUCCAUUUCAUUUGCAUCUCAUCAAGUGGUUCGAUUUUAGAGACUGCAUCUUUUGCUGAUCAGGAGAUUCCACUGGUUACUAGUUCCUGCUCUCAUCUUUAUUGAUAUUUUUUUCCCCUUAGAUCAUUCCCUGAAUAGAGAAAAUCAGUUCUGUAAUUUAGUAAAAAGAUUUCCAUUUUUUUUUCUUGCAUACAAAGUUCUUCUGAUUUUUUUUCCUGCAUACAAGGUUCUUCUGGAAAUGGAAGUACAGUACUUUUUUCUGUCAGUUUGUAUUGUUUAAAACACUGAAGGUGAGAAUUGAUAGAAUUGUGAAUGAAUUUUGAAUUUA